AAGUUCCAGACUGCUUGUCUGUACAUACCACGACUAGACGCUGAAGCCCUACCAUGCGCCCUUUGACCGAGGAAGAGAGCAAGGCGGUUUUCACCAAACUUGCCAACUAUAUCGGCAAGAAUAUCAUCCAUCUCAUCGACAGACGGGACGAGCCAUAUUGCUUCCGUCUGCAAAAGGACAGGGUCUACUAUGUCUCUGAAUCUUCUAUGCGUCUCGGCAUCUCGGUCGCGCGGCCAAACCUUGUAAGCCUCGGGACCUGCUUCGGAAAAUUCAGCAAAAGCAGCAAGUUCAAGCUGCACAUCACCGCGCUAGAUUAUCUCGCACAGUAUGCGAAGUACAAAGUGUGGAUAAAACCCAAUGGCGAGAUGCCAUUCUUGUAUGGGAACCAUGUGGCCAAAGCCCAUCUUGGGCGCAUCACGGAAGACACUCCAGAGCACCAGGGUGUUGUGGUCUUCAGCAUGAAUGACAUUCCAUUAGGAUUUGGCGUUACAUCCCGUUCUACUGUCGAUACGCGGAAGUUGGACCCAACCGCAAUCAUCGUUUUCCAUCAAGCAGAUAUCGGCGAAUACUUGCGUGAUGAGGAUACGCUAUUCUGAAGUCAAUCACAAUCACGCAUGUUUCUUUCGCUUUGAUUAGGGCAUAUCGGAGUCACAUAUUCUACAGCCCGCUCUCGGUUUUAAAACACAUAGAUCGACUCAUGAUAUGCUGGCAUAUCGUCCUGGGAGACAUGUUUCGAGACAUGUAUAUUACUUCUCGCAUCGGCUGCUCAGCAGUGUGUACUUGUAGAUUCGACCUUCGUUUCAUGUUGAGUACCGACCAAGUCGUGUGAGGUUAUGCCAUCGCUCAUCGCUUAUUGACGAGUAAGAAUCUCACAGAUUUUGAGUCC